UGAGACCCGCAAUAGGAGGUAAUUCUUCACCCUAACAGAACAUACUCGUAGAACAGCAGAACUACAAUGAUCUUUUGAUAUGCUUCUUAUUUCUAACUUCCCUUUUCAGAUGACAUACAUGUCUCUAAAACUCAGACACUCAAGAUUUGGACCCUCAAAUACUCUAGAACAGGAUUUGACAAGCUGACUCACAGGCUGAAUGCCUGCUUUUGUAAAUAAAGUUUUUUUGGAACACAGGCACACCCGUUCACGUCUUCUCCAUGCUGCUUUCGGUUACAAUGGCAGAGCUGAAGAGCUGUGACAGAGAACAUACUGUCUAUGAAAUAAAAAAUAUUUACAGGGCGCGCGUGCGCCGGGCCCCGGCGGAGGGUCCUCCGCGCGCAUCCUCACGGAAGCGCGGCAGUGCGCGUGCGCCUGUGCCCGGACUCCAAAAUAGAAAGGAGACUGCUAGUGGUUGCCUGGUAGGGUGGUGGGGGCAGCCCACGGAAAUAAUCUCUAUUCUCAGUCACCGGGAGUUGGCGAGGUAUCCUCUGCGGUGGAGAGACCUGGAAUGGCCAACUAUCUGGGUGAAGUUAAAAGUUUGAAACUGGAUGAUGAAUCAUUCAUAGAAGGAGUAAGUGACCAAGUACUUGCGGCAGUUGUGGUCAGUUUCGCUUUGAUUGCUACCCUGGUAUAUGCACUUUUCAGAAAUGCACAUCAAAACAUUCACCCAGAAAACCAAGAACUAGUAAGGGUGCUUCGGGAACAACUUCAAACAGAACAGGAUGAACCUGUGGCUGCUCCACAGCAGUUCUACACUGACAUGUACUGUCCGAUCUGUUUACAUCAGGCAUCCUUCCCUGUUGAAACCAACUGUGGACAUCUCUUCGGUGGUACCUGCAUUAUUGCAUACUGGAGAUAUGGUUCAUGGCUUGGGGCAAUCAGUUGUCCAAUCUGUAGACAAACGGUAACUUUACUGCUACCAGUAUUUGGUGACAAUGACCAGUCUCAGGAUGUUGCACCACUGCAUCAAGACAUUAAUGAUUAUAACUGGAGAUUCUCAGGGCAGCCCAGAUCUAUUAUGGAAAGAAUUAUGGAUCUACCCACUUUACUGAGACAUGCAUUCAGGGAAAUGUUUUCAGUCGGGGGCCUUUUCUGGAUGUUCCGUAUCAGGAUAAUACUUUGUUUAAUGGGAGCUUUUUUCUAUCUUAUAUCACCUCUAGAUUUUGUACCUGAAGCAUUGUUUGGAAUUUUAGGCUUUUUAGAUGAUUUCUUUGUCAUCUUUUUGUUGCUUAUCUACAUCUCUAUUAUGUACAGAGAAGUGAUAACACAGAGACUAAACAGGUGAAAAAAAAGUUUACUCAAGUAUUUGAGCUACUAUGUAAACUCAGACAAAAGGACCCAUGGCAGUAUAAAGCAUUUGAAUAUUAUCUUACAAACUUAAAACCGCUGUAUUACAAACAUUUGAUUAGCUUUUUGGCAAAUACCUAGCAAUACAUGACUGGAAUUUUUACAUGUUGCAGGUUCUAAUAUUAAGGUUAGAAUUAUAAUAAUUUACAGCUGUAUCUUGAUUGUGUUGUCUAUAAAGUCUCUGGAAAAAAUACAGAAUUAUAUAAAAAGGGAUUUAUAUCUUUUUCUUUUCCUCCAAAUUACUCAGAUUAAUUGGAUGUAUAGUAAAAUAUUGUUAAAUGUACACAUUAUCGAAUUUAUCCUUCUCAGUGAGUACCUGUAUAAUAUAUUGCUAUGAGAUUGAUCUAAAUAUUUUUGUUACAAUAAAAUAUUGUACAAUAAAAAAAAAAUAAAAAAAAUAUUUACAAAAAAGUGUGCUGCCCCUGCUCUAAAAGACCGAAUCCUACAUGAAAAUGGGACUGAAUAAUGUCCAUUACCUGUAACUUGUUUUUCUCAUGUAACAAUAAUAUAUUGCUAAUAUCUUUCAAGGUCAUUAUAUAACAUCUGUAAUAUUACAAUAUGUACACAUGGUAAUGAAUCAAACAAUAUAAAGAAACAUAAUGACAGACAGUAGUGAUUGCCUUAUACUCAUUAUAUUCUUUGUAACUUACAAUUAAGAAAAAGCCAGAGGCAUUUAUAAAAAUAAAAUGUGAAAAACAAACAAACACAUAAUGCCUUGAGGACCCGACUCCUGAUAGGCACCAAAUAAAAUGACCACCUCCAGGCUUCCCUUUAGUUAAGGGGAGGGGAAAAACAGCAAUUCUUUUAUCUCAAGUCUACCUCCACCAUGCAUUUUGCAAGGCAAGAGUGACAAAGUCAACCUCCAAGAGUCUAGACAAGUAACAGAAAUAA